AUGUCGGACAUAUCGAAUGAUGAACAAGGCUGGUGGCAACGACUUGCAGACCUGCUCGAAAGCGAUGAGGGCCGGAAGAGGAUUGUGGCCAUGUUCACCGACAGUCACGAAGGCGGUGACCGAUAUUUGCUCGACCAUAUGUCAGGGUCCUACGAUGCGAAACAGGGACAGCGACUCGCAGAGCUAUUCGGCAGUGACGACGGACGACAGGAGCUUGUGGAGAUGUUCUUCCGAAGCCGAGACGGAGGGGCGGAUCUGCUCACCUUGAUCUCGUCCAGGUUGCAAGAGAAAUACCAAGAUGCUCCGCCGUUGACACUGUCGAACGCGGUCUCUUGGCCAGGGUUCUGGGACAGAGGUUUCGGGGAGAGGAUUCGAAGACGGAGCCGUGAUGAUCUCGCUCUCAGCGAGGGAGACGAUGGUUCUGUCACGCCUGACCAGGACGAAGAUCCCCAGGCGGAUCCGGGUUCUAAUUGCUCCAAAGUCCCGGAGAAUGCUGCCUCCCAAGACACGCACCUACCAAGCGAGGAGAAGACAUCCGCCCUGGGUACCUCUGUGGUACAAUGGCCUACGAAGCUGCCUCGGAUCACGAAGACGGAGUUCAACGAGCAUGUCUUCGAGGGUAGCUCGUCAAGAUUGAAGCUCGAGGGGAAAUACGACUUGCAAAGUAUCAAAUCCCAUUGGCGCGGGGGUAAUGAUAGACAACAAGUCAAUGCCUUUUCACAUUAUACCGAAGGCCUUCAAGACAUCGCCGUGAACGAAUAUCGGGGCACUUUGUUCGGCCUUCAUGCCUACCGGAAACUACGCAAAGGGGAUGAAGUGGUAUUGUUAGAGGCCGACCGGGCCACACUUGAUGACUUGAUUCGGAAUGCUCCAAAGGCUGCCAAGCCGACAUAG